AGAUCCAUUGACCAACCGGCGCGGAAACGGCCGCGUUUGACCGCAGUCAUGGGCGUGGUUGAUAGGACAGAUGAGUUCAGGCACAUCCUCCGGGACUUUGCCACCAAGAGUGGCGGAGGCUUGAACUUUGAGACGACGCCUCAAGCAACGUCCGAAUUGAACCGAUGGUCUGCAGAGAUCGGUACAGAGAUCCACGAGACCUCCCAGAAGGUGGGCGAGCUGAGGAAGAUGUCGAAGCAAAAGGGCAUUUUUAACGACAAGACCGACCAGAUCCAGGAGCUGACGUACACGGUGAAGCAGCAGAUUCAGCUCCUGAAUCAAAAGAUCGAGGCCUUGGAAUCCAAAGCCAAAAGCUCUGGGAAGAACAAGAGCUACCAGGCGCACGCGUCCACUCUGGUCGAAACCUUGAAGACCAGGCUCCUUCAAGUGACAAAGGAGUUCAAGGAUGCACUGGAGGACCGGACCAAGGCAUUGGAGCAGCAGGACAAGAGGAGACAGAUGUACUCCUCCGGGCAGGGCAAUGCCGCCAAUCCCUUCGCUGGACGGCAGAGGCCGACACCCUCCGGAAACGCUGAUGACUUGGAGGGCGGAGGUGGUGCCAGGGCAAUGGCUAUGCAGCAGGGCUACCACAGCUCGCGUGCGGAAGCAGUGCAGAGCGUCCAGAAGACCAUCGGAGAGUUGGCUCAGAUGUUCCAAAAGAUGGCCGUGAUGGUCACUGCGCAAGAAGAGAUGAUCCAACGGAUUGACCACGACCUGGACGACACCUUAGACAACACCAAGAAAGCACAGGACAAUCUGCUCCAAUACUUCCACUACAUUUCUUCAAACCGUGCACUCAUUAUCAAGGUCUUCCUGAUCCUGAUCUUCUUUGUGAUCUUCUUUGUGGUCUUCUUGGCGUGAGUGGCCUGCUCAUGUGCUUGUGGUUGGCACCUGUGGGUUUCUGACGAUCUUCAC